UAUGUAUGUCAACUUUCUAUUGCAAAAUCUUAUCUGUUUUCUUGAAAAAUGACUUUGGGCCAUGUUAUGGCCUGUCAAAGUUUCGGUUUUCGGGAGCGUUUGUGUAUAAGGAUAAAAUUAAGUGUGCUUUUUCUUUUUUUUCACUUUGCUUUCCGGAACCGUUUUUAUCUUAUGUUCAUCCUAUUUUGAUUAUGAUUUGUUUCCUUAAAUUUUUUUAUUUUUCAGGCGGCUUUUCACUUUCGAAUACUACAGGAACUCAAAUAAUUGAAGACCCAGAGGGCGAUUUUACCCGACAACUCUAUCAAUGGUAUCGUGAUCAGAAGCCUUUGCAGGAAAUCAAAUCUUUAACUAUCAAAACUGAUUUUGCUACAGUUAUUGAGCGUGAUCUCCGUUUGAUUGGUCCUCUUUUGCAACACGGAAUCGACCGAGACAGUGAAAAGGGUCAAUAUCUUUAUAUUAAAGGAAUGGUGAAUGCUGUAAAGACUGAACAAGCUAUUUAUCAGGCCUGUCCUGUAAAAGGAUGCCGCAAAAAAUUGCAAAUGGAAGGUAAUCAAUAUCGUUGUGAAAAAUGCAAUCAAACAUUUGAUAACUAUUCGAAUAUUCUUAUGCUUCAACUUGAAGUUGCUGACUUUACUGGGACUGUUUGGAUGACUAUGUUUGAUGAAUUGGCGACAUCUUUGCUUGAGACGUCCGCCGAUGAAUUGGCUCAAUUGCAGAGAGAUGAUGUAAUUUUAAGUUUUUUUGUUAGAAGGGUUGGCAGAUUAUAG